AUGAUCGACCAAGAGACCGAAACCCAACGCUUCUAUGGCCAGCCCGACCAUAGUCGCGACUUUGAAGAAUCAGAUCAUGAAUCUACAGGGUCCGACCACAGUCAACGAUCGGAUGCUAGCAUCAAAAAAUGCACCGGGGACGGCACAUCCAACGAGCCUCUCCUGCGAGCGAUCCAACAUAAUCCCAAAAUCGUGGCCUACGUGAUCGGCCUGGCAUUGACAGUCCUGCUGUCGGGCUAUGAUAAUGUCAUCGUGGGAUCGAUCACUUCGGCGCCGCAGUUCCAAAAGGAUUUUGGCGAGUGGUACGCGCCCACGCGCAAGUACAUUAUCCCUUCCAAGUGGCUGUCUCUCUGGAGCUCGAUGAGCACGGUUGGACAGAUCGUCGGCGCUUUGUUCGCAGGCCCCUGGCAGGAUCGUGCAGGUCGCCGAUGGCCACUGGCCAUGGCUAGUGUGUUCUCUGCCGUGGGCGUCACCAUCAUCUACGUCUCGAAUCUGCCGGAGGGCCUCAAUGCCCGACGGAGCCUGUUUCUUGUCGGCGAAAUCAUCCAGGGAAUCGCCCUGGGCGUGGCUACCACCACCGCCCAGACUUAUAUCUCGGAAACAGUCCCUACCAGUCUCCGUGGGUCAGCUAUGGCUCUGUUCCCGACUUUUGCCUUGACCGGGCAGCUGGUGGGCGCCAUCGUGAUCUUCAUGUCGUCUGAAGGAAACUCGCACAACUCAUACUUGGCGGCUUUUGGAUCCAUGUGGCCCUUUUCCGCCAUCCCGUUCUUCAUGGCCAUCCUCAUCCCCCAAAGUCCCGCCUACCUCAUCCAAAAACAGGAUCCUGCUGGCGCCUACCGCUCCCUCCGGAAAUUACAUACCGCGGCUCAGGAUUGUGGACAGCUGGUCCAGGCGCUACAGCAGUCUCUGGCAGUAAAGACGGGCUUGAAGCACACUACCCCCUAUCGCGACUGCUUUCGGGGCACCGAUAGACGCCGCUCUUUGAUUACUGCCUUUGCGGCAGGAUUGCCUCCGCUCUUUGGGCUUUCGCUCCUGUCCAGUGCAAGCUAUUUCUUGCAAGUUGUGGGCAUGGAAAGUGGCAAGAGUAUGAUCAUGCUGGUGGUAGGCAUUGCGGUGGGUCUGAGUGCGAAUGGGGUGGGUAUAUGGCUUGCCAGUAGGGCCGGUCGGCGGAUUCUUACGAUGAUCUCCCUGUCGAUUACCACGGCCCUCUGGUUGGGGAUGGGUAUAGCAGGCUGUUGGUCAGGAACCGUUACUGUCUGGUAUACUUCCCUAACCAUGAUGGCGAUCAUCGUGGUCUGCGGUAUGGGCGUCUGGCCUGCCUCAUACGCAAUUGUGGGCGAGACUUCGUCACUGCGUCUGCGAGCCAAAACCCAGAGCAUUGGCCACUUGACGGUCAAUGGCCUGACGAUUGUCUUCAGUGUGGUGCUGCCAUACAUCUAUAACUCCGAUGCCGGCAACUUGGGUGCGAAGACCGGGUUUGUCUACUCUGCGCUCUGUUUGGUGUCACUCGCGGGGACAUGGUGGGCAGUUCCAGAAAUGAAGGGCCGCACUGCCGCCGAGAUUGACCAUAUGUUUGAGCUGAGAUUGCCUGCACCAAAGUUCCGGGCGUGGAGGAGUGACGUGGAUGUGGACGAUAGGAUCCAUAUGAUGGCACAGUAG